CUGAUCUCGCGGCCGCUUCCGCCUACGUAGACUCCUGAAUGAGUAUUGGCGUGUGUUUUUGUUUGCGGAUGCGGAGGAGGCUCGUCAUUGCGCUUACUUUUAAACACGCAGCUCCACGUUCUGUUGGUCGUUGACUAAACACCGUACGCAUCCAGCAGAGGAAAGAUGGCCCAGUGCUCCCAGUCCGCGAGCGUCAGCUCCUCAGUCAACGCAGAGCUGAAGAAGGAGAGGAAGGUGGCUGUUAUCACCGGCAUCACCGGACAGGAUGGUUCCUACCUGGCUGAGUUCCUGCUCGAGAAAGGCUACGAGGUUCACGGUAUUUUGCGUCGCUCCAGCUCCUUCAACACGGGUCGCAUCGAGCAUCUUUACCAGAACCCGCAGACGCACACCGAAGGAAACAUGAAGCUGCAUUAUGGCGACCUGACCGACAGCACGUGCCUGGUGAAAAUCAUCAACAUGGUGAAGCCGACCGAGAUCUACAACCUGGGCGCUCAGAGCCACGUCAAGAUCUCCUUUGAGUUGGCCGAGUACACCGCUAACGUGGACGGCGUGGGCACACUUCGUCUCCUGGACGCCGUGAAGACGUGCGGUUUGACCAACAGCGUGAAGUUCUACCAAGCCUCCACCAGUGAGCUCUACGGCAAAGUCCAUGAGAUCCCUCAGACGGAGACCACGCCCUUCUACCCUCGCUCCCCUUACGGUGCGGCGAAGCUCUACGCCUACUGGAUCGUGGUGAACUUUCGAGAGGCCUACAACAUGUUCGCUGUCAACGGAAUCCUCUUCAACCACGAGAGCCCGAGGAGAGGUGCAAACUUUGUGACGCGCAAGAUCAGCCGUUCUGUGGCAAAGAUUCACCUCGGCCAGCUGGAGAACUUCAGCCUGGGCAACCUGGACUCCAAGAGGGACUGGGGCCACGCCAAAGACUAUGUGGAGGCCAUGUGGCUGAUGCUGCAGCAGGAGGUGCCGGAGGAUUUCGUCAUCGCGACGGGGGAGGUGCACAGUGUGCGGGACUUUGUGGAGAAGGCCUUCAAACAUGUGGGGAAGACCAUUGUGUGGGAGGGAAAGGAUGAGCAGGAGAUUGGCCGUUGCCAGGAGACGGGAGUGAUCCAUGUGAAGGUGGACCCUAAGUACUUCCGUCCUACCGAAGUGGACUACCUGCAGGGCGACAGCACCAAAGCGUAUCAGAGGUUUGGUUGGAAGACAAAAGUCACUUUUGAGGAGCUGGUGAAGGAGAUGGUGGAUGGAGACAUCCAGCUAAUGAAAAACAACCCAAAUGCCUGAGUCCAAAUCAGUCAUCAUUCCGGGAAGGGCGGAAACUUUUUAGCACUCCGGUGUUCCAUCAACUAAAGAGGGAACAUGUUGUAUUUUUACCUCAAUCACUUUUUCCAAAAUGAACUGUGUCUUUUCUUCUUUAUUAAGGGGGGGGG